AUGCGGUAUGUGGCCAUGAGCCACCCAGUGUCGGUCCACCUCUACUUCCUGUCAGACCAGCUCCAGGGCUACUUGGUGCGUCAUGUGGCCACUAACCAAGCCUCCGCCCAGCUGGAGAGCCUGGAGACCUGGGUGACACCCAAAGACCACUUCACCCUGGCCAGCCCCCCACACACCAGCAACAGACUCCAGCAUGUCCAGGUUGGGGCGGACUGGGAUCCUAAAGAGCGUCUCUUCCGGAACUGGGGGGGUCUGCUGGGGCCCAAGGACGAGCCAGUGGCUGUGCAGCGCUGGAGCCGAAGCCAAAGCAACCUGACAGCCACUGUGGUGUGGAUCGACCCCACCAAUGUCAUCGCUGCCACGUACGACAUCCUUGUGGAUGCCUCUGCUGAAGUUACUCACUACCGGCCCCCACUGACCUCACCACUGAGACCUGGCGUGUGGACACUGAGGGUGUUGCACCACUGGAACCCGCUGGGCCAGACCAGCUUCAUUGUGGCUCCGCUCGAGUUCCACCGCCAGCAGCCCCUACAACAAG